AUGGUUAUUAAUCCUAUUUCUGAAAGUUUUCUUGAAAAUUAUGCAGAAGCAAUGAUCAAAGCUUUACAAGAAAGAUUUUCAGAUUCUGAUCUAUAUAAUGCUUUAAGUGUAUUUGAUGUUAAAUUGUUUUCCAAGACGGAAAGACAAAUGGAAUUUAUUGAUAAAGAAAAACUGUUGGAUAAAUAG